UUUCAGCUUCCUAGUUCUUUCUCAAGAAAGAACUAGCUGAUGUUGUGUUUUACACGUGAAAGAAAAUGGCAUCUAACGGCCAAGUAAAGAUAGGAAUAAUUGGUGGAUCUGGUCUUGAUGAUCCAGAUAUCCUGGAGGGAAGGACAGAACGGUAUGUAGUCACGCCAUUUGGAAAGCCUUCUGAUGCUCUAAUUUUGGGCAAAAUAAAGAAUGUCGAAUGUGUACUUCUUGCAAGGCAUGGGAGACAACACACCAUAAUGCCCACCAAUGUCAAUUACCAGGCCAAUAUUUGGGCCUUGAAGGAAGAGGGCUGUACUCACCUGUUAGUCACCACAGCAUGUGGUUCCCUCAGAGAGGACAUCCAGCCUGGGGACAUUGUUUUGAUUGACCAGUUUAUUGAUAGGACAACAAAACGUGUCCAGACAUUCUAUGAUGGGCAGCCCACCAGCCCCCCAGGUGUGUGCCACAUCCCUAUGGCUGAACCUUUCUGCAACAGGACUAGAGAGGUGCUCGUGGAGGUUGCCCAGGGACUCGGUGUGAAGUGUCACACCCGAGGGACAAUGGUGGCCAUAGAGGGUCCUCGUUUCUCCUCUCGGGCAGAGAGCCUCAUGUUCAGACAAUGGGGUGCUGAUGUCAUCAACAUGACCACAGUACCGGAGGUGGUUCUUGCCAAGGAGGCCGGGCUGUGUUAUGCUAGUAUUGCAAUGGCAACUGAUUAUGACUGCUGGAAAGAGCACGAAGAGGCGGUGUGUGUGGACAACGUUCUGAAAACCAUGAAAGAGAAUGCAAAUAAAGCUAGCAGCAUCCUGCUCACAGCAAUCCCACAGAUCUGUCAGAUGGACUGGGGGAGCACAAUAAAUGCACAAAAACUUAUGUCACAGUCGUCAGUAAUGUUGCCCAAACAUUAAAGUAUCCGGCCGUUGAGGAGCCAUCCAAGAUGUGGUGUCCACAGC